UUGGAUUCACCGAAAAGAGAUUCAAGAAAUUGUUGAUUAUCCCAUUUCUUGGUUUUUGUCUGCCUCUUUUGCUUGUGCGGUUUCUGGGCAUGCGUGAUUUGACCUUACUUUCGAGAAUUUGUGUAAACAAUUCGAGGAGGGCUGUCAAGAUUGUUGGUUAAAAGUUGGGGGUUGAGGCAUUUGGAAACUGUUCUUGAGGAAUAUUUGUCGGGUUGAUGAAAAUAUGUGCUGCAUGUCUUACCUUUGGACAUGUUCGUAAGAUUUGGGUAAUCAAGAAAAUAGAAGGGCUUUGGUGUUUCUCUCUGAUUCGUUUUUGGUUUGGUGCUAUGAGAGGCAUUUUGGUGCCUCAUUGGGAAGAAGACGAUGAUGAUGAUUCAAGAAAAGAAAAUUAUAAAAGGAAGUUGCCGUUUUGUGGCUUUUGUUGGGCUGCUUUUGGUUACGGUGGUAGUCGGUGUGGAGAGCGAGUGGGAGGAACGAGAACCCUUACUUGCUUAUCUGAUUGACUCAGGGGAGAUAAAUCAGGAGAUGGCCGCAUUAUUGAGGACUAACUGCAGACAUGAGUUAUUACAUGCCAAGAAAACUCUACAAGAUCUUCUUGAAUUACGUUCCGUGAAGGAGAGUUCAAGUGAUGGGAAGGAAUUUUUGAAUGGUAUGUUUCAAAGAACAAGACUGCAUGACACUGUCAAUGUGUUGUUCCCUCAAGUUAAGCAAAUCCUUCUGGAUUGUUUGCGGGAAAAGGAUCUUGUACCUCCUACUAAUAUGGAAGAGAGGGGUGUGGGUACUUGGUGCAGUAGAUAUUGGGGGUCUUUAUUUCCAUUGCACUAUUCUUCUAGACGGCGUCAAUUAGCCCGUAAAUCUAGUGAAGAACAUUCUGAAGCCCCAAUUGUUCUUGUUGUGGUUGUAACUUCUACUGUGACCUUUAUUGUUGCUUUUCUCGUCUUCUGUUGCUUUCGUAAAUGCAGUGGCUCUGGGCGAAGCAGAAAUGAUGAGAGUCCUCUUCUAAGUUUGCGUUCAAGCGACUCUUCUAUUGCCUCUUCACAGAAGUCUCUCGGUUUGGGAACUUCAAUGCAUGGAGGAAAGCCUGGUAAUGGAACUGGUGGAAACGCAUUCAAGCCAACAGUUUCUCUGAGCAAUUCAGAAAUAGACAUUCCACUUGAAACUACUUCUGGCCCUGAAACCGACGUAGUAGAACCUGUAUGUAAACUACCUGGAUUACCUCAAUUAAAACCGCCUCCUGGAAGACAAGCUACUCAAAAGGCUGCUCCUGCUAGGCAAAAUACCGUGGCACAAAUUACUCCUAAACCUCCUCCUCCCCCUCCCCCUCCUCCUCCGCCUCUCUCUCCCCAACCUCAUGUACCACUGCCGCCCCCACCUGGAAGAGCCCCUCCCCCAACUCCUAUAGGACUACCACCCCCACCUGGAAGAGCCCCUCCCCCAGCUCCUGCACCACUAGCACCCCCACCUGGAAGAGCCCCUCCCCCACCUGGAAGACCUUCUGGUGGUGGUCCGUCUCCUCCGCCACCUGGAGCACCACCUCCACCUCCACCUCCUGGUGGCAGGGCUGGUCCUCGUCCCCCACCACCUCCAGGUGGUGGCCCGCCUCGACCUCCAGGUGCUGGUCCACCUCGACCUCCAGGUGCUGGUCCUCCACCUCCAGGUGGUGGUCCCCCUCCACCUCGGCCGCCAGGAGGCUUUAGACCCCCUCGUUCUAAUUCAGCUGAAGAGUAUAGUAGUAAUAAAGCUAAGCUAAAGCCUUUCUUUUGGGACAAGGUAAUGGCAAACCCUGAUAAUUCGAUGGUUUGGCAUGAGAUCAAAUCCGGUUCAUUCCAAUUCAACGAGGAGAUGAUUGAAAGUCUAUUUGGUUAUACUGCUGGUGGAAAAAACAUACCUCAAUAUGUUCAGAUAAUUGAUGGAAAAAAGUCACAGAAUCUAUCAAUUCUGCUCAAAGCAUUAAACGUGACUACACAAGAAGUUUGUGAAGCACUUGAAGAAGGUAAUGAGCUUCCUCCAGAACUUAUCAGGACUUUGUUAAAAAUGGCACCUACGGCCGAAGAGGAACUGAAGCUGAGACUCUAUAGUGGCGAGUUUUCUCAACUAGGUCCGGCAGAGCGGUUUCUCAAAGUCUUGGUUGAAAUCCCAUUUGCCUUUAAGAGGCUAGAAUCAUUGCUUUUCAUGUGCACGCUUCAGGAGGAGGCAGCAAACUUGAAAGACUCCUUUGUGGUCUUGGAGGCUGCUUGUGCAGAAUUACGAAAGAGCAGGUUGUUUCUCAAGCUUCUUGAGGCAGUUCUUAAAACCGGAAAUCGCAUGAAUGAUGGGACAUUCCGUGGUGGUGCACAAGCAUUUAAGCUUGAUACACUUCUAAAGUUAUCAGACGUCAAAGGAAUAGACGGAAAAACCACGUUGUUGCACUUUGUUGUUCAGGAAAUUAUCCGUUCAGAAGGCAUAAGAGCUGCACGAUCAUUGAAAGAAAUGAGGAGCAUGUCCAGCUUCAAGUCUGAAGAUCUAAUGGAGGAUGUUGCGCAAGAUUCAGAUGAAAACUUGAGGAGCCUUGGUCUUCAGGUGGUCUCAGGUCUGGGUAAUGAUCUUGAAAAUGUCAGAAAAGCUGCACUAGUAGAUGCUGAUACCGUAUCGGGAACUGUUGCCAAGCUCGGUUAUUCCCUCUCUAAAGCAGAAGAAUUCCUGCACUCAGAUAUGAACGAUAUAGCUGAAGACAAUGGGUUUCGCCAAACAUUAAGCUGUUUUCUGCAGACUGCUUCGUCUGAUGUUAAGUGGUUGCUCAGUGAAGAGAAACGGAUAACAGGUCUCAUGAAGAGCACAGCAGAUUACUUCCACGGAAAUGCUGGGAAAGACGAGGGUUUGCGAUUAUUUACCAUUGUCCGGGAUUUCCUUAUAAUUUUAGAUAAAGUAUGUAAAGAAGUGAAGAAUGCCCCACCAAAGCCUUCUCGGGGACCGUCAAGCAAAGAGAUGUCAGCAUCUACACCUAAAGAUCCAGGGAAGCCUACUCCAGCAUCGGCGCCUGCACCUAAAGAUUCCAAGGAUCCACGGAAGCCUGCUCCAGCGGGGGGGUCAGUACGUCCAGCAAAGGAUAAAAAAGAUCCACAGAAGCCUAAUCCAGCAGAUCAUCGACAACUGCUGUUUCCGGCCAUCAAGGAUAGGAGAUUUGAUAGUUCAAGUUCGGAUGAAGACUGAUAGUAGUAUAAGCAGAUACAGAUGUAAGUCAGACUAUUUGCAGCAACUCAGCUAACACCACAUCCCUGGUUUUAUGUCCCACGAAUUUUAUUCUUUUGGGACUUUGAAAAUCUGGGGAGCCCAUCAAAUAUGAACAUCUUGGGAACUUGUUCCGGUAGUUGCAGACGUUUAGGUGAAGGCCAAGAAAAGUGGUGCAGUAACCAUUCUUUCAUUAGACUGCUCCCUGUGAUGGUUCCGGCGGGCGCGGCUGACAAAAAUUUUACAUUGUCUCAUGGAGGAAAGUGAGCGCUCCACUGUAAUUUUGCAAAGAGUUGGAGCUUCAAGUGACGAAAGUAGUUGAAUUCUUUUGGAGUUCCAAUUCCCAAGUUUUGUUUGUAUCUUUGUCUUCUUGUUUUUCUAUUCUUCUUCGCCUUA